AUGCCGGCGAAAAAGCGUGCGCCACGUAUGAGACAUAAUUAUGAAGUAGCACCGGGAGUUAUGCGAUUUUCUGCUGCGCGAAUGUACGCAAAACGCGGUGCGUACGCCAAGAAACCAUAUCCUGCUGUAAGAAAAAAAGUAGAACGCAAAGCAAAGGUUAUUGUGAAACCGAUUGGAGGCGAUAAGAAUGGCAAAGAGCGAAAAGUUCUUGUCAAGAAGGGGCCGAAAUAUCUGAAAGAAGUUAUAACCACCCGGCGAGUAAAGCGGUCCGUAAAGAAAGUAGCAUUGCGACCAUCGAUCACUCCCGGUACCGUUCUAAUAAUACUUGCUGGACGACACAAGGGCAAGCGUGUCAUAUUUUUGAAACAACUGGAAAAAUCGGGCCUUCUGCUUGUGACAGGACCAAUGAAACUGAAUUCCACUCCACUACGACGCAUAGCGCAGGCUUUCGUAAUUGCAACGAAGACAAAAAUUGACAUAUCAGGAUUGAAAGUCCCACAGCACAUUGAUGAUGCCUAUUUUCGGAGGUUCAAUUCUAAAAAAGCACCAAAGAAAGGCGAUGCCAAUAUAUUUGCGCAAGGAACAACCGAGUACACUGUGUCGGAUCAGAGGAAAGCAGAUCAGAAAACUGUAGAUAGCGUGGUGCUAGAAGUGAUUCGGAAACAUCCAGAAAAAAAAUAUCUUUUUGGUUAUUUGGGCUCCAGAUUCGCGUUGGGUAAAAAUCAAUUUCCUCAUCAGAUGUUGUUCUAA